GUGAGGGGUGCGGGCGGGAGUGCAUGUGCCUGGCUCGGUGCGCACCCCGCAAGGCGGUAGCGCCGGGGCACCGAGCACUCCCCGAAGCCCCGCCACCUCACUCGGCUUCGGCGGCCGCGACCAUGUUCCAGCCUGCGGCCAAGCGGGGUUUCACCAUAGAGUCCUUGGUGGCCAAGGAUGCUGGCACCGGCGGGAGUCCUGGCAGCGGGGGCGCGGGCUCCCAUUCCCUGGCUGUAGCCGCCUCCGAGGAACCGCUCAGGCCCACGGCGCUCAACUACCCUCACCCCAGCGCGGCCGAGACGGCCUUCGUGAGCGGCUUCCCGGCCGCCAGCGCCGCGGGCGCCGGCCGCUCGCUCUACGGAGGGCCCGAGCUGGUGUUCCCCGAGGCCAUGAACCACCCGGCGCUGACGGUGCACCCGGCGCACCAGCUGGGCGCCUCCUCGUUGCAGCCCCCUCACUCGUUCUUCGGCGCCCAGCACCGGGACCCUCUCCACUUCUACCCCUGGGUGCUUCGGAAUCGCUUCUUUGGCCACCGCUUCCAGGCCAGCGAUGUUCCCCAGGACGGGCUACUUUUGCACGGGCCCUUCGCUCGCAAGCCCAAAAGGAUCCGCACGGCCUUCUCGCCCUCGCAGCUGCUGCGGCUGGAGCGAGCCUUUGAGAAGAAUCACUACGUGGUAGGAGCCGAGCGGAAACAGCUGGCCGGCAGCCUCAGUCUCUCCGAAACGCAGGUGAAGGUGUGGUUCCAGAAUCGGAGGACAAAAUACAAACGGCAGAAGCUGGAGGAGGAAGGGCCCGAGUCUGAGCAGAAGAAGAAGGGUUCCCACCAUAUCAACCGGUGGCGUAUCGCCACGAAGCAGGCCAACGGGGAGGACAUUGAUGUCACAUCUAAUGACUAGGGGAACAAUCGUGAGCCCACAAGGGCAGAGCAUUGCUUGCUGCUGGCUGGGGCUCCAGGGGGCCCAAGCUGGACUCUGGCCAGUCCCUAGCCAAGCUGCAGGGAGGCCUGGAGUCACGGCCCCACAGGGCUUGGAGCCUGGGGCCAUCACUGUCAGAGGGACAAGAAAACGGGCUGGCUGAGGCCUGGGACUGCUCAGCCUUCUGGUGGAGAGCCCACUGCUGGGGUGGGCUGCGCAUCUCUGCAGCCUCCCAGCUGCUCUCCAUGUCUCUUUCUGUCUUUGUUUUGAGACGUUUCUGUUUUAAUUUAUUUUCCAGGUACCUGCUGUAGUUUUUAGUGAUCCUCUCAUGUUUCCCUUCCCUAUGGAAAUAAUAAAAAGCUCUCUCUU